UGUUGGGCUGUUGUUCGUGCUCAGCAUCUGUGGUGACCUGAACGCCAUCGAGUUCACAAAGAGCACAACUCCGUGGUGCCAGUAAGUAGGCAGCAGUCAGCGAAGGGCAGAUAGAGGACACAUGGUGUCCAUGGCGUGCGGCGCUGCUGUGAGCAGUGUGAGCCUCAGCUUGCUGUUAUUGAAGGCAACGGCGUUCGUGCCCGGUCCCGGUCCUUCGCUCCCGACACGGCAGCGGGCGCCACUGCCAUACCGUGGGCCAGCUGCUGCUUCCUACUCCAUCAAGGACGAGCUGUGGUGUUGUAGCUGGGAGAAAGGGACGAGAAGACGCCGCAGCUGCCGUAGCCCAGAGCUCUCGAGACUUGGCGCUGGCGGCGGCAACAGUCCACCACUGGAGGUUGUUGUUGAUAGCGAACACCUGCAACACUGCCGCUCUCGCGACGUCGAAGGAGAGGCGCCCGAUGAUUUGCCUGAUCGUGCAAGACUUCGGGUAAGGACACGAUCCGUUCCAACCAAUUGGCAGGUGUUGAGGAACGACAACGCCAGGGUGCGGCGAAACCUCGAGCGCAUCCAUCAGGUGGAGCGGGAUGACACCAAGACGAUCCGGGCCAUCACCUCGUCGGCGCUGAGGGGGAAGCUACGCCUGAGCGGCCGGGAUAAGCGUGGCCGUGUGUUUCUCCCGAGAGAUCCCGCAGGCGGUUCUUUGGAAACCCUCCGCCGGAUGCUGAAGGAAACAUUCCCGCUGGGAGACUUCCCUGUCGCCCUCUACGUUAAGACCAGCCUCGGCGAGGACGCUCAGCGGUCGAUGCUUACGUCGGACGAGGGCUUGCUCGGUGCCGUAGCUUGGGCGGAAGGGCAGGGUUUGGAUCUGAACGUGUUCCUCGAUGUACACCCAGACUACGAAGAAGAGGAGGCACCGGAGUGGCUCGUCGACGUCCCCGACCCGGACUCGGCGCCGGAGUGGGAGAUGCUGAGCUUUUACCGUUUCGUGGACAUCGACCAACCGGAGGCAUUCGCCAACAUGCUGCAGCUGGCGUGGGCCCCGCUGGGCGUGCGCGGCCGCGUGUACGUGGCGACGGAGGGGGUGAACGCGCAGAUGGCGGUGCCGUGCACGUCCACGGAGAGGUUCGAGAGAGCCGUUGAGGCCGUUGAGAAGCUGGCCGGCGUGUACCUGAACAAGGCAGAGCGGCGGUGGAGCGGGAACGAGUUCCGAGAAUCACCUCCGUUCCCCGCUCUGCACGUGAGGGCAAGGAGGCAGAUUGUGGCGGAUGGGCUGGCUCGCCCUCUGGAGUGGUCGGACCGGUCCGGCAAGAUCGGGAAGGAACUGUCGCCCGAAGAGUGGCACGAGAUGAUGGACAAGGAGGAAGGUGCCACUCUCCUGGACUGCAGAAACUCGUACGAGAGCGUCGUCGGAACCUUCGACAAGGCCCUCCCUCUAGACACGAGCUUCUUCCGUGAGUCUUGGGGGGAGCUCGAGCGGCUGGUCGGCGACGCCGACCGCGAUGCGCCCAUCAUGACCUACUGCACCGGCGGCAUCCGCUGCGUCAAGAUUGCGGCGUACCUGGAGCAAGAGAUGGGCUUCACGAACGUGACUAGGCUGCAGGGCGGGAUCAUCUCGUACGCCAAGUUCGCCAAAGAGCGAGGACUGGAGUCGAAAUUCAAGGGCGUGAACUACGUGUUCGACAAGCGCAUGGGGGAUAAGGUUACCGGCGACAAGCUGUCCAAGUGCCACCAGUGCGGAGUGCCUUGCGCGGACCACACCAACUGCGCCAACUCGUGUUGCCACGCUAGGCUCAUCCAGUGCGAAAGUUGCGCUUCGAAGUACAAGGGCUGCUGCAGCCGUGGGUGCGACGACCAACGGUCCCGCGAGGACCUUCGAGCGUCGCUCAUGCGCUCGGAACGCGAGGCGAUGGGGCUGCCAUCGCUGCCGACCUCGUCAUUACCCGUAGACUCACCUCUCAAGCCGGUGGCUGAGGCAAUAGAGGGGGUCGUUGACGACGUACAGGGCGAUGUGUCCAAGUCUGCUGGCCUUGAGGAAGCGGCAGCGAUAAGGACCGAGGCGCAGGAGGAUGAGGAGGAGCUGCUGUGGCUGGUCUGGCCUUUCCAGGACCCCACCCUGAACCUGAUGUUCGACCGCGCCUUCGACGAGUAUCGAGAUUCAGCCCCGACGGGCGAUGAUGGCAGUGCCGUGGAGCAAGACUCGUCGAGGAUGAUCGGCAUCAUCUCCAGGCUGGGCGGCGGCAAGCGGGCACUGGCGGUGGGGCUUGGAUCUGGUAGUGCGGCCGGUCGAGCCGGCCUGCGGCGGCUGGCGGAGGCGUUAGGGGAAGGGGGCGAGCUGUUCGCAGUGGAGGCGUCUUCCGAAGCGGCAACCGCGGCGCGCGGCCUUUCCCUUGUCGCUCAGGCACGAGGCUGCAGCGUGACCGUGUUGGUUUGCGACGAGGGGGAGAUGCUCGAAAGCAUUCGCACGGUGGUUGCCGAAGCCGAUUCGGCGAAGGCCUCGACGGCGACGGCGGCUGCGGUGGGCAAGGACGGGGACGGGCGGGGUCGGUUCCGGUUAGAGAGGAGGACCGCACGCCAGCCGAAAGACUGGACCUUGUCAUGGACAGGCGAGCGACUCAUGAAGAGAACCGGACUGGUGCUGUGCGACCCGCAAGCUCUCGGGGGAGGCCGGGCGGCCGCGAGAUCGAUGGUAGCGCGAGCGGCGGAAGUGAAGGGCAGCGUUGAGCACGCUAGGGUCCCCGGGGCUGGGCCCAGCGGGGGGUUGCACGUGUUCAAGUGGAAAACCUAUUCGCACUAGUGGAAAACCUAAUCGCACUAGAUAUAUGGUACUGUAAUCCACCCCCAUGUAGGUCGAAGACAGAGAUGGGGGUUUCGUGUUCCUGUUUUUUUUUGUCUACAGGUUUUUGUAGGGGUAGUGUGGCGCCUGCGCUGCACUGCAGAGUUAUGAUGGUACACGUAGCCUACCCAUUGGAGCCAUCGCCUCUUGCCGUACUUCACGUACCGGGUACAUGGUGCGGUUUACAGAGAAGGGUCGUGGGACAUAUCGCGCAGCACGCCAAGAUUGGCUGUUGGAUCGUGUUGGGAUUCGGCAAUGCUGCCAAUGCAUGCCGUAUUCCACGUUAAUGACGACGUGACCAUCGUGCCACAAUCACCUCUUGGUAUGAGGAAUUGUUAUUGGUGUGUACAUUUUUCAUGCAUGGCUUGUUGCUGUGCCGUUUUGCGGUAUGGUGUCUUGGGCCCAUUUCUCCUCCGUCUGCCUGUUUGCUGUCUGUUGCACUUUUUUUUCUCUGUAGCGACACCCGUUUCCCGUUGCUCAGGCGUUUGAUUUCUUGCAGUUUGCCCCCCGUUCUGUGUUGCGCUAUGAGCUUUUGUUUCCGUCGUUGCGAACGUGAGUCGUGUCUUCAUCAGCCCGAAGAGCUAUGUAGAUGACUUGGGUAGAACCUCCAUAAAUACGAAAUAACUACCGGACGGGUCGUAAAUUUGUCUGGUCGACCUAGACCAUUCACCUAUUCAGGAAGGGAAGUUGCCAUUCUAUCGACGGCUAUCGUGGUCCUAUGCACACAAAGUAAGGCGAUGAAGCGUGACGAUACAAUGCGAUGGUAUUGUACCGAGGAAGCGGCACUCUGUGACCAGUC